AUGGGAGCAAAACAUGAAGGAACCCAAAAUGAAACAAGAGUUGUGGAAUUCAUUCUUCUUGGCUUCUCUGGACCUCAGUAUUUACAGUUCAUCAUCUUUAUGCUCUUUCUUAUCAUGUACAUCUUGACACUUUUGGGCAACAUGGCCAUCAUCCUUCUAGUAAUAACAAAUAAUCAUCUCCAUACGACCAUGUAUUUCUUUCUUUGCAACCUCUCUUUCCUGGAGAUAUGGUAUACUACAGCUUCUGUCCCCAAGAACCUUACACUAUUACAAGAGAAAAGCAGAAGCAUCUCAUUCAUGGGCUGCAUUUUACAGAUGUACUUUGUUUUUGCCUUUGGGUGUACAGAAUAUUUCCUGUUAUCUGCCAUGGCAUAUGACCGAUAUUUGGCCAUAUGUUAUCCCUUGGAUUACAACACUAUCAUGGACAUCAGCUUCUCAAGCAAGUUGGCAGCUUGUUCCUGGCUCGGUGGAUUCCUCAUAAUUUGUAUACCAGCUUUUCUGAUCACAAAGCUGUCUUUCUGUGGGCCCAAUGUGAUUAAUCAUUUCUACUGUAACAUUGAUUCCUGGAUCAUUCUUUCCUGCACUGACACCUAUUACAUUGAGAUGGCAGCUUUUGUGAUAUCUGUUAUAGUCAUCUUGGGUUCCUGUGUGAUAACUCUUCUUUCUUACAUUUACAUCAUCUCCAUCAUCCUGCGCAUCCCUUCAUCUAAAGGACAACAAAAGGCCUUUUCCACAUGCCCCUCUCAUCUUGCUGUUGUUAUCAUUUGGUAUGGCUCUACUAUCUUUCUGUUUGUCAAGCCUUUCAAACAGACAUCUUUAGAAAUACCCAAAAUGGUGAACAUCUUAAACACAGUUGUGACUCCCUUGCUGAAUCCUUUUAUCUAUACACUAAGAAACAAAGAGGUAAAGGAAGCAUUUAGAAAUUCUUUGCAUAGGGUUUGA